AGAGAGGAGUUUGUUCUCCCGCCCACAGAGCGGGCAGCCAAAGGCAGGCCGGGCUCGCGCUGAGGAUUCACCCCCCUUGUCCCACGUCUGCCAACUCCGCUUCCUUAACCCAUGCCGCUCGCGCAACUGCAACGCGUACUUCAGCGACGCGAGCAGCAGGAAAGGCCCAAUGUGGCCCAGCGUGAAGAGUCUGGGCUCAGUCCCCAGUGCCCACCAGAGCGCCACCCGUCGCUUGUCCGGCCCGCUCGCGGACGCCGCCGCCCUGGAACCGAAAUUAACUGUGCAGAUUUUGUGUAUGAAACUGUGUGGAAAUCCAAAAUACCCCCAGCCACACCUCUCCAGCACCGUGGUGGCCCCUGAUGAAGUAACAGUGAAUCAUCGACAUGGCCUUCCCUUGAUAACAGUCACUCUGCCAUCGAGAAAAGAGCGCUGUCGAUUCGUAGUCAAACCAUUGUUGUCAACAGUUGGGUCCUUCCUUCAGGACCUCCACCACGAAGACAAAGGUGUCAAGGCUGCAGCCAUCUUCACAGCAGAUGGCAGUGAGAUUCCAGCUUCUACCUUGAUGGAUGUUUUGCUGAUGAAAGAUUUUAAACUAGUCAUUAAUGAAAGAGCCUAUUUUGUACAGCGUCUUGAGGCAGAGAAACCAAGCAGGGAGCCUUCGAGGGAGAUGGAAAAUGUGUGCUCCUUGGUGCACAGGCUGUUUUCAGUCCUGCACCUGGAGGAGUUGCAGAAGGAGACAGAACUCAGCUUGUUGGUGAGGAUCGACCACCUGCAGGCACAGCUGCAGCCCCUGGAACAGGUGAAAGCUAGAAUUGAGGCUCAAGCUGAAGCCAACACCAGCAGGCUGCUGUGGGCCGGCCUGGCACUGCUGUCCACACAGGGGGGCGUGCUGGCCUGGCUCACCUGGUGGGUGUACUCCUGGGACCUCAUGGAGCCUGUCACCUACUUCCUCACCUUCGCAAACUCCAUGGCCUUCUUUGCCUACUUCAUAGUCACACGGCAGAACUGCACUUACCCCAUCGCCAGGAGGAGGCAGCUUCUUCGCAUCUUCCACAGGCAGUCACAGCACCAGCGCUUCGACGUGCAGCAGUACAACAAGUUAAAGGACGAGCUGGCCAAGGCUAAAGAGUCCCUGAAAUGCGUCCGCCGCUCUAUCUACCUGGGACGGCGGGUAGAGGAACUCAAGGAGAAGAAUUAGCUUUUUUGUGAAAGUCACUAGAUUUUUCCAUGUUGUUCUGAUUUCAUAACACCCAAAUGGGACAUUAUUGAGUCUCGUCAUCCAUUUCAGUUUAACUGUUGCUGUGAGAAACACAGCCCUGUCAUUUCUAUCAAAGAAUGUACGCCAGAGCACACAUCUUAGACUCUAGUCCACCCUACGCGGCCCGUCCCAAAUACACUGCAAUUAUGGAAAUGCCUGCUCAGUUUAACUUCGGGAGACUCAGCUGAAGCCAGGAUCGCUCCACAAUAGCCUGGGACCUUUUGAGCCCCACCCUCCGCUUCUGUUCUUCUGUCUCCUCAGAAGCCCUUGGGAUCCGCCUUGGCAUCGCUUAAACUAGCCAGUUUCGAGGUGGCGAGCCUUUGGAUCUGCCGGUGAAUUUAAAGGACAGCUGCUUCCCAUGUGUGACAGCUGAAAGCCCUGCUUCCCUGGCGCUGGCUGCACUGUUGCCUCACAUGUGUGUGCUCGAGUCCUUCUGUAGAAGCAAACUUCAGACUCUGCCCCGUGGAGUUCUCUGGCUGACCGACUGAGUGCAUUCUUUAACCCCAACACUUUGGGUCUGGGGACUCAUGUCUAGCAGUAGUUAAUAAAUGGGUGUAAAGCACAGGCACACUUUGGCGUUUUCCCUUGUUUCUUGACAUACAGGUUUGCUGGCUUGUUCCUGCAGAAGCAGCCAGGGGCUCCACGCCCCCCGCCCUCCCCUGGCCAAAGUGAGGAGCCUGGCAUCGUCCACCUCACCCUGGGCUGCUUGUGGACUCCAGCUGGCAUUCAUUUCUCUGUGCAUGGGCAGGAGUUGGAAGUCACGGCUUCAUCAUUUACUGAAACGAAGCCCCAGACCACAAUGUGAGACUGCAACUCUGAACUCAACUCUGCGAUUCAGUUCUCCAAACCUAAGCACGUCACCAUCUUCAUCCCUGUAGGGACCAGCAGUGUUAGAUUUAGCUAUCGUUUAAAAGAUUCAAACCUUGUAAGAGACCAGCUUGAAACUGCACUGAGCAGGCUUUAGACAUUAUUGAUUUGGCUUCUGAAUUUGGCUAUUGAUUAUAUGUCACUCCAAGGCCCGUGUGUGAACUGCUAACUGCCCUCUGGCCUAGUGCUUGCAGACAGACUUCCCUAAGCGAACAGUCACAGUCCAGGUCUCAACGAAUAUGAGGUGGAGACGUCUCUGUAGCAAGGAAACACUGUACAGAGGAAUUCUGACUCUCUGCAACCAUUGUCUAAGGUCAAACGUUAGCAGCAUAAUUCAGGACACUUGUUAGCGAUGACCUGCAGGACAGCACAGGUGCCCUGUUAACUGUGACCUGCACAAGUUGCAUAGUGGCUCCCUUUUCCCAAGCCUGGCUCUUUGGAGCAUUAGCUCUGCUGUUCCCGACAUCUGCCUCCACGCCCCCUUGCCACGUUAUACAACCAUAAAUACCGACUUGUCCACGGCCAAGGUCUUAGCCAGGACACAGCUAAGAUCAGGUGGUCGGCAGGCAGGAGGAGCUGAAGAUCAACUCCUGGAACCCCCAAAUGAAACUAUUGUUCGUUCUUGUUCUUCGUAUAUUAGUCUUUCAUUCCCUGCUGUCCUCUCCUCAGGUGGCCAGGUACCCUUGGUGACUGGUCAGACCACCAACCUGACAGCUGGUCCAGCCAUCAGCCGGGACCACUCUAGGGUGCUGUCAGCCCCUCCCAACCCCGAGUCACGUGUGGCUGUGCAGGAGCCGGUUGGUGCUGGAAUGAAGAGCGAGCCGCUCAGAGCAGGGUCUCGAGGGCUCCUCCCUGUAGGGGAGACUGGUGCUCCACACUUCGUCCUUGCAGUGCCAGGCACAGCUAGCUGUGGGAGGGCAAUUUUUAAAAAUUUUAGUAAGUAGUAAAGUUGUACAUAGAAUGUGGUUUAUAUGCAGAGGCCACAUUUUAUGUACGACUUUACUACUUACUAAAAUAAAGAUAGUGAACAGGUAAGAGACAUCCAGGAACCAAUAUGAAUGAGAAAGAUUUAAUACAGCAUGAUUUUCAAAUA